CAUUUCGCCCCUUCGACAGUUAGAGACGGGAGUCGUUGGGUGCGCGCGCACUCCCGCGCUUUCUCCUGUCAGGGCUUUUUCUCUGCAGCCAAGAUGAUGAGGCGGUUCUGGGGCUGCCUUUUUGUGGGGCUGGUCGUCCUCCCAGGAGUGGGCUGGAGCCAUAAGUUUGCCCCUUACCCCGAUAUUGACAACAAGACCUUUAUCAAAGAAUAUAUCGAUGCCCACAACAAAUUCAGGAGCCAAGUCAAGCCCUCAGCCACUGACAUGCUGUACAUGACAUAUGAUGUAGCUUUAGCUAGAAUAGCUAAAGCAUAUGCAAAGAAAUGUAUCUGGGCUCACAAUAAAGACAUUAAAAUUCACCCAGAUCCUAAAUUUAGGCCUUUUGGAGAAAACAUGUGGAUGGGAUCUGCCAGCAAAAAACCAUUUAAUGUAACUGCUGCCAUUGGAGCGUUUAACUCGGAGCUAAGAUUCUACGAUUACAAUACCCAUCGUUGUACAAGAGUAUGUGGUCAUUAUACUCAGGUUGUUUGGGCUUCUUCUUAUAAAGUUGGCUGUGCUAUUGCUUUCUGCCGUCAAGUGACUGGAGCUGGCAAAAACGCAGGAAUUCUAGUGUGUGAUUAUGCUCCAGUGGGCAACUAUAGAGGAGUGCGUCCUUAUAAAGCAGGGGUGCCAUGUAGUGAGUGCCCAACAGGAAACACUUGUCAGAAUAACCUCUGUAGAAAUCCUCAACGUGAACAACAAAAUAGCAGUUAUUCAAACUGGUAUCCACCUUAUAAACUCGAGAUUAGAUGUCGUUCUCCAUGUAUAGCUGUUGCAAUUUUAAGGCCUUUGUUAAUGUUUCUAGCCUUUGUAGCUGUUUAUUUGUUAAAACUCCGUUACCCUGGAUUAAAUUUUCAAAAAUAAUUUUUCAUAUUAUUUAAUUCACAAAAACAUUCCUGUGAUUUUAUUAGAAAGCUAACAUAUAAAUUUGCAUUAAGGAUGAAAUUAUUUUCCGGUGUUUUCAAAGUAAAUUUAGUUCAUUUCAUUGUUCUUAUGAUAACUUGAAUUCUUCUCUAAUUAUUUAAAAAAAUGUAUGUUCUAUAUUAAGGCA